AUGGCGCAAUUAGGAAAAAUCACGCAGUUUCAGAAAAUAAUAAAUCCAACAGUUGAAGAAAAACUUAAAGGGCAUAAAACGUACAAAGUUAUAUCUGAAGAAUUUGGUGUUCCUCAAUCAGUUAUCUUUAAUAGAAUUAAAGGUAGAUCUACCUCUAUGCUGUGCACUAAAUCUGGACGCCGUCCUGUCCUUGAUUCCAACAUUGAAAGUGUGUUGGUCAAUUGUAUUGUUGCUCGGGCACAGAUGGGGUACCCAUGUGAUAAGGAGGAACUUCAAUGUCUAGUCCAAGAAUAUAUAGUGGCAAAUGGUAUUCAAAAUCCAUUUAAUAACAAUAAGCCUGGUAACGAUUGGUACUAUAGUUUCAUGAAAAGAAAUCCAAAAUUAAAUUUCAAGAAACCAGAACAACUGCAAAAAUUGCGAAAAGAUGCUAGAAAGCCUGAAAUUAUUUACCAUUUUUAUUCAAAUUUGGAGAAUAUUUGUCAGGAAAAAUUAUUGAUAUCUCAGUUUGUGUUCAAUGCCGAUGAAAGUGGUUUUCGUACUGACCCAUCUAGGCUAAAAGCAAUAGGUGAAAAGGGAAAGGCCUUAAGCAGAGUAACUGGUGGUAGUGGUCGAGAAUCGAUAAGUGUUCUUGCGUGUAUAUCUGCUGAUGGAUUAUAUUUGCCACCACUCAUCAUUUUUAAAGGAAUGGCAGUUCAAGCUCGUUGGACAUCUGAAAAAUCUUUUCCAGGAACACUUUAUGCAGUGUCAAAGAAUGGCUGGAUGGAGGAGCCUGUUUUUUACAAUUGGUUUGAAAAUGCAUUUGUGCCAUUUGUCAUUAAGAAAAGGAAAGAUUUGGGUACAAAUAGCAAUGCUCUUUUGCUAUAUGAUGGACAUUGUUCUCAUAUUAGUAUGAGAAUAAUUGAAUUGGCAAUGAAAAAUAAUAUUACUUUAUUUAAGUUUCCUAGUCACUUGACAGAUCGAUUGCAACCAUUGGACAAAUGUGUAUUUGGACCAUUAAAAUCGGUAUGGGAUAAAGAGCUUAUUCAUUUUGGAAAGACUAUGAUUGGAAAGGGUCCAGGCAGAUUAACAAAAGCAAUGUUCUCAGAGCUUCUUGGUAAAGCAUGGUCAGUUGGUAUGAAAAGUGAAAACAUUAUUUCUGGAUUCAGAACAACCGGUGUGUUUCCUGUUGAUAAAAAUAAAUUUCCAUUGACUGAAUUUGAUCCAAAUGAACUAAAUUACUAUUUAAGAAUUGAAGCUGAGAAGCAGAAUAAAAUCUUGCACUCUGCUAUUGAACCUAGUUCAUCAACCUCCCGAAAUAUUUUAACUGAGCCAAAUGAACACAUUGAAUUAAGUGCAUCAAAUGACUCCAUAACGCAAUGUGAAUCAACUUCAUUAAAUGAAAUAAUUAUUUCAGAUAAUAUAGAUUCCUCGCCUUUGCUUCCCCACACACCUUUAUCAGAUGGUAACCAUAACAUUAAUAACCUAUUAAGUGAUAAAACUACUUCUAGCCCAACUGAUAUAAUAGGUAUUUUUACUAAACACUUAGGACAACUGAAGGCAAUGACUUCUUCACCACGUGAGUCAAAAGAUCCCACCCCUAGAUUAAAGACAGCAAGGUAUGGUGAAGUGUUAACUAAUGAAACUGUAUUAAUGCGUUUAAAAGAAGUAACUGAAAAACUGGUCCUAAACCGUCAGUUUCUCUAUAAGAUCCUUCGAUUGUAA